AUGGUGUGUGCGACCACUGGCUUUCACAAGGAAUGGCGCGGAAAAAUUCGCGGGGGGACAGUUACCCCUCGGAAUCUUAAGCGAGGCGGCACCUGGACCGGGCGCAGGCGGGAGCCCGCCGAGCCGGGGGCCUCCGAGGUGCUGCUGCAGCCGGGGCGCCUGGAACUGGGCGACGUGGAGGAGGACCAGGUGGUGGCCGUGUUCGUGGUCACCUUCGACCCCCGCUCGGGAAACGUGGUAGAGUGGUGCCUGCCUCAAGAUGUCGACCUCGAAGGGGUGGAGUUCAAGUCCAUGGCCAGUGGGUCCCAUAAAGUUCAGUCUGAUUUCAUCUAUUUCCGAAAGGGGCCCUUCUUCGGCCUGGCCUGCUUCGCCAACAUGCCGGUGGAGAGCGAGCUGGAGCGCGGCGCACGCAUGAAGUCGGUGGGCGUCCUGUCUCGGUCCUACACGCUGCUCUACCGCUACAUGCACUUCCUGGAGAACCAGGUUCGGCACCAGCUGGAGACCCCGGGACAUUACUCUCACCUGGCUGCCUUCUACGAGGACAAGAAAGGGGUGCUCCACGCGGGGCCGGGGAGAGGCGGCAGCCUGCCCCCUGUCUACUGGCUGCCCUCCAUCCACCGUUACAUGUACCCCGAGAUGAAGAUCACACACCCAGCUGGCUGCAUGUCUCAGUUCAUCAAGUUCUUUGGGGAACAGAUCCUCGUCCUCUGGAAAUUCGCCUUACUUCGAAAGCGCAUUUUGAUAUUUUCUCCCCCUCCUGUGGGCGUGGUGUGCUAUCGAGUGUACUGCUGCUGCUGCCUGGCCAACGUGUCCCUGCCCGGCAUUGGGGGGACCAUCCCCGAGUCCAAGCCGUUCUUCUACGUGAACGUGGCAGACAUCGAGAGCCUGGAGGUGGAGGUGUCCUACGUGGCCUGCACCACAGAGAAGAUUUUCGAGGAGAAGCGGGAACUAUACGAUGUCUACGUGGACAACCAGAACGUGAAAACGCACCACGACCACCUGCAGCCCCUGCUGAAGCUCAACAGCGCCGACAGGGAGAAGUACCGGCGGCUCAAUGAGCAGAGGCAGAUGCUGCUGUACUCCCAGGAGGUGGGGGAAGACUACAACCCGUGCGAGGAGGACCUGUUCGUGCUGUUUUUCCUAGAGCAAAACAACCGGAUAUUUCAGACCCUGCUGGAAGUGUCGGCCAGCCAAGACAAAACCCUGACAGCGGAGCAUGCACGCGGCAUGGGCCUCGACCCCCAGGGGGACCGCGGCUUCCUCCUGGACUUGCUGGAGGCCUACGGCCUGGACAUCAUGCUGGUCGUCGACAACCCCUGCUGCACGUAAGGGCAGCCUCGCCGGAGUGGCACACAGGUUCUCCCCGGCCCGGAGGGCUCGUUUUCACUGUCAACAUGAAGGAAUAUGGUUUAUGCUUCCCAGAACAUGUACGUUUUGCAGUCUCCUUCCUCCCCUCCCUAGAGGUGAGGUGGGGCCACCCCGGAUCCCAGCCCUGCUGUGGCAGGACGCUGGAACUGCCCCUUCCCACAGCGACCGCCUGGGGUGGUCUUCGGGUUCCGGAAGGGGGUCCCCUCGCCCCUGGCUGAGAGGCGGCCGGGGCCAGACAUCACCAGCAGCAGCCGAGCUCCAGAGACGCGGGGAGGCCUCCGCGGGAAGCCUGCCCCCCUUCAGCGUGAGACUCGCCAGCGUGGCCUCACCCGAGGUCAUCUGCCCCACGGCCGACGUCAGAGGGGCACGCCCCGCGUUCCCGUCAGUCCUGGGAGCCUAGCCUGGGGGUCGGAUCCCUUUUCUUGUUUAUCGGGCAAUUCUAUGUCUUCUCUUGUCACUCCCGUCAACUCACAGGGGACCAGAAGGUGCCUCUGACUCAGAAGUGCAGAAUCUUUCCUUAGCUAAGUACUAGCUUCUCUGAGGGCAGAAGCCGCUUCUCAGUCAACUGAAAAUUAAAAUUGUAGUGUGAGUUCUAGAAACUUUCCCCCAAGUCAGGCACUGUGGCCCCGAUGUGACACCCCCUUUCUCUGAACCCCUCCUCGUGGAAUGGGCUGACGGGCUCCUACGGGCCAGCAGCAGCCCCAGAACUUGCCCGCAGAUGCUCGGCCUCGCUUAGUGUCCUCCCAGGGCUAACGGCCCUCGGGGAGGAACGGGGCGUCCCUGCAGGCUGGCAUCUGUUCGCGCCGGCGAGGCCAGCUGGGUAGAGGACGGACGUUUGGGCUGCUUCACCUGGACGGGUGUCGCGGAGCCUCUAGAUCUAAACAGGUUCACGGGGCUUUCAUACGGGAGCACGGCCCGGCUGGUUAGCUCGGAGCCUGGCGGCCAGCUUGGCCGUCACAGCCGGUCUGCAGCAGAGACCACCUUCGAGCGGCUGGGGCCGCGGAUGGCGUGGGGGGGCUGCCGAGCGCCCUUGACAGUGCCUUCCCCCAGAGCGUGUCCGUGACGAGCUGGCCUGCCUCUCAAACGUCCUGCCUGGGCAGCUCUGCUGUUCUCUCUGGCCGGGUGUUGGGGGCGUGGAGGGCGGGUGCGCUCCCGAGAGACAGCUGUUGUCAGCCACUGGACGCCAGGGCUGUGAGCAGGGUUUCCGUCUUCUGGGCCAUGGUUCAGGACUGUGACUCGGGAUACUGGCUGUUGGUGACCAGGGUGUCUUCCCUUCACUCUCCCGGGUGGGCGACCCUCUGUAGUUACGCCGACCCUCCGUGCGUCCAGCCAGGCUGAUGGUGUGCACAGCAGAGAGAGCGCUUUCGCGUGAACAGGCCACGUCUCAGCUUGAGAUGGGCCUCUGAGGGCUCGCUGACAUAUCUGAAAGCAUUUUCAAAGCCCAUGACAAAAGGAAUGCAGGCAGACAGUGAGUCAUCAAAGCGGCGUCUUUAUGUAAAUAUAUAAAUAAGUUUGGGCAUUGAAAUGUACACUGUACAACUAACUCGUUUCUCCUCUGCGGUGUGGGCUUAGCCAUUUCAGUGAUAGGUGUUUACAAAAGAAAAAAAAUCGUUUAGAAAUUAAGUUUCGCCGCCUCUUUUCCCGGGAGAGCACGUCCCUAGCCUGUCGAGGAGGGGCGCCUUCAGUGUGGUCAAGGAGGGGCUACUUUCGUGGUGGCCGAGGGGUCGUGGUCAGACACGGGCAGGGGCGCCAGGAAAGCCAGGUUUUCUGGAGGACGAAGGCAGACGCUGUGUGCGUGGGGGGCUCUGGCAGAAGGACCCCGUAGGUGUGGGGGAUGCUGUUUGUGGGUCUGAAAGUGCGGCUGUGAAGGCAGUGGGGUGACAGUGAGGUUCCCGUGUUCCUGCGGUGGCAGUCAGGGCUCUGGGCGCCACUCGGGCCCCUGGUGGUGUUCUAAGCUGUCUGCCACCUCCGUGCGCACCCCCAGCAGAGGCUGGGGCCUGGGGGCUUCCAGGCGUUGCCUCAUCUUACGUCAGGAGCCUGGGCUCAGCUGACCCUUGUCCCUGUAUGCCUCUCAAGAGGGAACCCCCGGAAUCCGUUUCUUACGGUGCCAGCUUUCUCAGAGUCAGUUUGCUUGGCUGAAUGGGGCGCCCCUCAGUGCUGCAGCCGUGUUCCCUGUUCAGCCUCCCUGAGGAAGGCUUGUUUGUACCUGACUCUGACUCCCCUCUCAAAUCUCAAGUGAGCAGGUACAACCCAGCAUCACGUGCUGCCAGUACUGUAAAAGGGAGAUUCGCUCGUGAGGUCCAGGAGGGGCCCCCGAGUGACACUGAAGCUGUUUUUGGUCGCUGUUGAGACAUGGCUGGCGAUGGCCCUUCCCGCCUCCAGGCCCCACGCCCUGUGGGACCGGGCGGUUACCAUGGCGGACUUCAGAGGCUGGAAUCUGACUUGCUGAGGCCUCACUGUCAGACCUCAGCCACCAGGGUCCCCUGGAGCCUUGAGUCUGGCCGAAUGCCCUGCUGUGUGCGUGUGCGAUAUUGCCGAGCGGAGGCCCUGGUACCCCACCACCCGAUCUGUUUCGGAGGGGUUCCAGGCUCCUCGUGGGGUUUGGACUCAAGACUUGAGGCCUGCUGAUGUCCACUAGCAUGAGAAAAGGCUGUGAGGGCAGAUUUUUCCCUUCUGCAGGCUGCGCAGGGGGGGGGGGGGUCAGCCUUGGCAGGUGUCCGAGCGUGUUCCUUCUCUGCAAGGAGUCGGCACCAGGAGGCCUCAUCUCCCACGUGAGAAAGCCCAAGCCCGGUGGCUUGUUGAGAAGUCACUUGGGCCUUGGUGCAGCCCGAAGCACGUUAGGCCAGUGUCCACCCACCGGACGCCUGUCCGCCUGGGCCUGCAGGGUCCUCGGGACACUCGAUCACAGUGAACGAAGGCACUGGGCUCCCGUGGUCGUCACCACUGGCUCGGGCAAGGAGGCUGAGUUCCUGGGUCUAGUGAUAGAAACCAUCCCACACAGGGGCUGGCAGCUGUGAUUCAGCUCGUGUUGUUCCACAUGAACUUCCAGAUGGAAAUUCAGCGUAGCCCAGGUGCAGGUGACUGAGCACCGCACGUGGAGAUGUCCUGUCUCCCUGGAACUGCCAGCGGCAUUGUAGUCAGGAGGUGAAGGGAAAGAUUAAUCACAGCCGAGGCCCUGCUUUGGUCCUGGUAGUUGUGAGGACGAACCUGCUGUGUGUCUCUGUGCGCCGAGCCCGCUUCAAAUAAAAUGAAACGAUGAGAUUAUUCACCUUGAAGCAGAGGGCUCUGGGGCGCCUUGUGAAGGGCAGUGAUGAAUUAACCUUUUCAUGGUCCUACAUCAACUCCAGGAAGAGACCGUAACCGCGGGGACCGGUUUUUGCUGUUAUUGUUUUACUGAGUGCAACUGUGAGGCCCGGGAAUGGACUGAGGCUUGGACCUCCCAGAAGAGGUGGUCCCUGCGCGGUGGGGAGGGGCCCCAGGCCAUGUUUUUGGCUGGACAGUGAAUUGCCUCAGCGCAAUGAUGGCUAACAGACAAAGUUAAGCUGGGGACCAAUGUGUCACAUGUGGGCUUCUUUGCCCUUUUAGGGUUCUCACUCGUGGGCUCAGGCCUCCUGUCUCCCCUGCGCAUGUCGGCUAUAACUGAGGGGCCGCAGGGAGGGUCCUGGACACGCACUCAGUCCCUGCUCACUGCAGGGAGACAAGGAGCCUGGGUCCUUUUACGCCCGGGCCGUGGAGUUUUUAUUACUAUUCCCUUUUUAUUACUGACAUACCUCUGUUCCCAGGAGCUACUGGAACGUGACAGGUGUGGGAAAUGCUAACUGUGAAUGAAUUCAGUUAAUGCUUACAAGAAAUGGAAGUUUAUUUUUAUAUUGCUAUUUCUAUGUGGUGGAUUGAACAUGCAGAUGUUGAUGUGGAAAGAAACUCCAAAAUGAUAAUCCUAGAAGAAACGGGUGGUCCUGUCAGUUAAAGCCGCUGAAACCCCGGCAGAAAUUUUAAGUGUUCGGCGACUGUGCUGUGGCCUGUGAGGGCUCUCCAGUCGACACUCGAGGGAGGGGGUGUGCGCUCCCCCAACCGUGAGUGAAACUCGUGUACGAAAGGGGGUGACGAUGCUGCCUGUCAGGCCGCUGGCCUGGGGGGGAGUGGGAGGUAGUUUUCUAACUGGCACUUUAACUGCUUUGGGAGCUUAAAGAUGGGGGCAGUUAGAUGAAAUGAAGAGAAACUCCUAGUGCUAUAGAGAGAAAUGAUGGUGAAAUACAGCUCUGCUUUGCCGUGUUAGUUUUAUUCCAGAAGCUUAUUCGAUUGGGCUUAUUCGAAUUAAAGCAGAAGGUUAUUUAUCACCAUGGGGGGGUGAAUUCCUUGUUUGCUGUAGAAGCCCAUUUAGAUGAGUAACAGACUGACUUUGCUUUCCAAGGACGGCUGAAGGGUGGGGGCAGGGCAUGGUGAUCAGCCGGUGGCCACAGGUGAAAAAUGGACAGAGGUCACGGAGUUGGCUGAGCUGAGCGCUGGUGAGUUUAAUUGACCUAAAGUGAAAAUGUCCUUCAGCCAAAUCAGACAAAGAGGAGAGACGACGGUGCUGGAGGCGGCAGCCACUGUGGGGGGCUGAGGGCAGGGCUGGGUGCUGGGCUCCCGAACAGAGCAGGAGACAUAGGGUGCAGAGGAAAACAGGGUAACCUCCUUCACCCUGGGCUUGUUGGCUGAACUUUCUAAGGCUGGGAAGUAGUUGCAGCCUCGGUAGAUGGCUUUCCUGUUUUCUUGGGGGGGUCAGGACAGCCGAGCCCCCUCCCACCCCCCCAGUGCCCCGCCCUAAGAGUCAGGCAGGGAGAACGGGACCUGUUCCAGGGGUUCAGCCCAUACCGCGAGACCAGGCAGCUUAUCAGUCACCCCGCCGCGUACGUAGCCAUGUUCCGGUUCUGUGACCCUCCAGCGGCUGGCCCCGAGGCUGAGCCAGUUUCUCGCCCUGACUCUGUGCCCCCACACACCUGUGUAUAUCUGAACCAAGCUGUGUGCCGAGGUUGAUAUAACUAUAUUUACAGAAAAUGGUUUUUACAAUUAAAGCUGAACGUUACACGAGAGCGUGCGCUGCGUCCUUCCCGGCUCAGGCCUGGUCUGGGGGGGCAGGGGGGGGGUGCUGAGCCGCCGCGCUUCAGACAGGAGCGGGAUGCAGGGAGCCGCGCCCUGUCCGGAUCACCCAGGUAAUGGAGACCAAAGUCUGGUGGUGCUCCGGCCCAGCGGGGGCACCCCAAAAAGAAAAAAGAAUGAAGGCCUUCGGUCACAGGGCCUCCCCCAAUCAAAGUUAAUUUGAAAAUGUUCUGUCUACAAUCAGGAUGUUUGUGUGCGACACACACUUAAAUUUCGCUUCACUUUUAACUACAGACUCAGUGUUGCCUUAAAAUAUCAGUAGCUCUGGUCAGAGCCAGGUUCCUGCUCUCCAAGCAUGUGACCACGGAGCCUGCUGCGUGUGGAGCGCGCCCUGGGGAGCAGCAGUCGCGGUCAGGCUGGGAGCGGGCUGCCGGAAGCUCGUCUCUAGUAGCAGGCCUGGCUGCCCAGUGACACUGGCUCGACAAAGGCUCAGCCUAGACAGGAGGGUGAGUCCGUCUCCUUGGGAUCGUCAGAGUUGUACAGUCAAAUGUCUUUUCUGUGGAACGCAACGGAAAGGGUAAGGUAAUGAGCACUUUCUCCCAGGAAAUAGGCUGAACCGGGCAUUUUUACAUUUAAAAAUGAGUAAGAGUCACUGCAGGUGCACGGCCCACACGAAGCUUCUUAGGAAGGAGCCCGAUUCCGCCGGGCCCGGCACGUGCUCCUACAGGCCCGGAUUCUGGGCUCACCUGCAAACCCGACGACCUCGGCCGCCCCGCGCGGGGGACACGCACCGCACAGCACGGCCCGUGGGCCGGAGGGACUCCGCGCCGGACGGGUAAGCCCAGCUGCUCGCGGUCCUGCCCGUCUAUAAACACUAACAACCCAGCAGCUGAGUUCUCCGCUCCCACCAAACCAACGGAAGCAGAGUGAAGUUGCCGAGGUAGCGACUGCCACCGCUGUCCCGGGCAGCUCUGAAGGACCACGAGGUCCAGGCCACAGCGUGGUGACAGCUCUUUCCGUCCCUCCGAGCUGUCAACGCCGUGUGAUUACGGCACUUUCUGAACCAAGUUAACUAUUUCCACUUCCACGUUCUGUCGGAAGAUGGUCGCGUGAUAAAAAUAGAUCACAGCAGCCGCGUUCCCUGCUGCAAGUGGUCCGGAGACUUAA